UGAUCGAAAAAAAAAACAGCGACAUUAUCAAGUGGCAGAUUUUGUCGAAUUUCUACACAAAUUCCAAUGAAAUCUAUUUAAUUAUGGACGUGGUAGCCUGCCGUGUGUGUUUAUCGACUGAUCUAAAGCUAUACAGCCUCGAUAAAUACGGUCUGAGGCAAGCUUUCGACGAAAUAACUUCGAUACCGUUGUCACCGUCAGAUGGCCUCCCUCAGCAUGUGUGCUAUAUAUGCAGCGCGCAGCUGCUUAAACAUAUGUCAUUUAAAGCCAAAUGUAACGAAACGAACGCUUUGCUUCGGGAGACUCGGUGUAGAGGUGACUUGAUAACGCAAGACUACUUGAAAACUGUGAACAGAGCUACCCAUUUCACAAUAGCAAACGUUAACAAAAUAAACUUUAUUGACAACAAACCUGAGACAGCAGAAGAAAAGUGUGAAAACUUUGAAUAUAUCGACGAUGAGAUAUUUGAUAUCAAACAGGAGGUUUAUUUUGACGAUGACAAUGAUAUAAAUGAAGAUACAGACAGAACAGACCAUGAGGAUAUUUGUAAAGAAAAGAGUGUUCUUAACAAAGCCAUCGUUGGUUCUAAAACUGACGCUACAGAAGAGAAUAGCAACAGUAUUUAUUACACCGAUGCUGAUACCGUACUCCAGAUGCAUUCCAUCAUCAUCGAGGCCGGUGACAAAGUCAAACCAGCUGUCAAACGCGUCAAGAAAGAGAAAAACGCGACGAGAAAAGUGAAAAAGAAUGUUAAAGUUGAAAAUUUCACAGAUUCCGAUGACGAAGUUUUGACAGUUAAAAAGUUGAAGUAUGCAAACAAACGGAAUAAAGACCCGGAUAGAUUGUUGAUGAGUAAGAUAUUGAAAAAAGUGGAAGCUAUAAAAGAAUUUGCGGGGAAAUAUAAUGCCAAAGCGACCAUUUACUCUAAAGACGAUCAGUUGAAAGAAGUACUAGACAGGAAGGACACCGAUGCUUACAAGAAGGCUAGAUUACGUUGUGAUGUCUGCUUUAAAGGCUUCAUUACUGACACAGCUUAUAAUAAUCAUAAAUUGACGCACGACCCUACCCGUGGACAAUACAAGUGCGAAAUUUGCCAGAUGUAUUUCCAGAAGAAGGUGACCAGAGACAGGCAUGCGGACGAACAUAGAAUCAAAUAUACCUGCGAGCAAUGCGGCGAGAGUUUCACUAACCCGAACCUUGUUCGAGUUCACUUCAGGUUCCAUAAGGGUAUACAGUACGAGUGUAAAAUAUGUAAAAAAACUUAUCGCAAACUGACGACGUAUUAUAACCACAAACGCAACAGCCACGCAAGUGUGACAUGCGCACUGUGCGGGGAGGCGUACGUCGGCGAGCAGGGACUCCACGGACACAUGAUGAAGUCACAUCGAGAGGCUUUGAAUUGUCGCUGCUCGUCCUGCGGUGUUCGGUUUCAAAACGACGAGGUACUGCAGAAACACACCAACAGUGGCUGCCAUCCAACUGUCAAGGCUUGUGCUCGUUGUGGCGAGGGAUUCCCAAACCAAGAGGCUCUAGAUGCACAUUUAGAAGACGUACAUAAAACUAUCAAAAUAUUUAAUUGCGAUGAGUGUGACAGGACAUUCACAGACGAGCACUAUCUGGGCUUGCACUGGAACAAGGUGCACAGCACGAAGGCGCGGCCGCGACAGAGGAACGUGCUGUCCAUGCCACGAGACAAGCCUGGCAGGAAGCAGGAGCCGUUCGACUACCUGGAGACCAGGCUCAUGUGCGACCUCUGUGGGAAGGGGUUUAUGAAUAAAACAAUGUUCACAUUUCACAUGCGUCUACACACGGGUGAGAAGCCGCACCAGUGCUCGAUCUGCCCGAAGGCUUUCCGACUGCCCAUGUCACUAAAGGCUCACAUGAACGUCCACACUGAUGAGCGACCGUACCAGUGUUCCCUGUGUCCGCGCGCCUUCCGACAAGCCACGCACAGAAACUCCCACAUGUUGGUGCACACACAAGAGAAGCCUCACCCGUGCGAGAUCUGCUCCAAGCGGUUCAGCCUGGCGGCCAACAUGCGCGAGCACAUGCGCACUGUGCACGCCGGCCUGCCGCCGCGGCGGCGCCAGCGACGUGCGCAGCGGACGCAAUAACAUUAAUAAACUAUUUAUA